AUGCCCAAACUGAAAAUUAAACUGAGCAACAGCAGCGACGACAAGCCUAAAAUUCGGCUCAAGUCGCCAGCUAAGCCGUCGGAUGGGCUGCCUACGCUGAAACUGACUACUUCGGCGCGUGUUCCUACGAUUAGAGUCAAGCCUACAAGAACCCCCGGCGACGGGUACGAUUCUGAGGACCCGGACAGAGAGGACGACCCGCUUAUUGAGGAGGGGAUUGUGUUGCGGAUGAUUCCGGACGAGUCGCUGGACCAUCUGCGCAGAUGCGUGGAGGACGGCGACUUGAGUGGUAUCAACAUCAAGUGGAAGGACAAGAAACGGGCAAUUCUUCGAAUCAACGGGCUUAUUUACGGCGGAAAGCUUGUGGACCUGCCUUCGGUGGUGGAGGUGCAGAAAUCCGUGGACAAAAAGAACAUAUUCAAGACAAUCGACGUGUGUCAGAUGCUGUUGAUUGUGAAGCGACUCGAAUCCGAAAAGGACUACAAGGACAUUCCUAUUGACAUGGAGCAAGGAGAGACGUAUCCGGACGGACUGACGCCUCCGUUGGAGAAAUCGAAAAACAGGUUCAAGAAGCGGUAUCAGCAGAAAGUGAUGCAGACCGUGGAGGACCGUGUUCAGCAGCUUUUGGACCUGGACGACGAGGCCGAGUCCAGCACGUACACAUUUAUCGACCCAUCAGAGGAGGCCAGCAGCUAUGGCACUCCGGAGCCGCGCAUCAAGAAGAAGAAGAAGAAGGUCAAGGACACGGACUCGCACGUGGACGACGAGCUGAACAGACUGAUGUUGGAAGAGGAGGACGACGACCUGGACGAUCUGGACGAUCUGGACCAGGAGCUGGAAGCUGCGUUCGAGGAGAGACGACCAGACGAGGAAGAAGAGGAGGAAAUCAUCGAGGGUGCGUCUGCAGAAGAGGAGCACGAGUCGUCGGACGACGACGACGACGAUGACGAAGAGGAAGAAGAGGACGAACAGCCGCGUCGGGCAGGCGGCGAGAUGAACGAGGCCCAGCAGCACAAUGCCAUUUUGCGCGAGGAGAUCAGCGAGCUCGAGGCGACGAUCGACCAGAAGUCGCAGGACCUGGCCAAGGCCAACAACCCGAUCAUCAGGAACCGUAUCAACGACGUUAUUGGACGGCUCAAGCAGGAACUUGAGCUCAAGCGGCUCCAAAUCCGCGAGGAGGAAGCCCAGCCAACCCUCCAGCAAGAGGAGGACGAAGAGGACGAAGAAGAUGAGGCCGACGGCGACGGCGACGACGAAAACGAAGACGACCUGGCCGAUUUAUUUUAA